UGAUAAGAAAGCAAAAUCAAAUCAAUGCACACUCAAUGUUUGUGAGCACUACAGCAGUCAUCGCGGCAGUUACCGCAGCAGUCGCUGCCCACAUGACUCUCAUCACGGAAUGCCGCAUAGACGUGUGUUUAUAAGAUCAUCACGAUUUGUUCCUAUACCCCUUCACAUUUGAUAGAGCAUCUGAGUGAGCAACGCAGGUAAUAGAUAUGGCUGCCAAUGUACAAGAUGUUAUCAUGCUCGUCGGUGAUUCCCUUACUCAACUUGGAUGGGAACAAGGAGGGUUCGCCCAGUUACUUGCAGAAAGUUACAAUCGGAAGCUCGAUGUUAUCAAUCGUGGCCUCUCGGGUUAUCAAACGGAUUGGGCAAUUCCAAUUUUCGAGCAGAUCUUUGCCAAGCAGCAUGAACAACAUCACGUUCCGCAGGUCAAAUUACUCACAAUUUGGUAUGGCGCCAACGACGCCGCGCCUGCUCCCAGCCCACAGCACGUCCCGAGAGACAGAUACAAAACGAAUCUAAGCCAUCUCAUUCAAAUGGUGAAAUCACCGACUUCAGCGUACUACUCCCCGGAGACUCGCAUAAUCUUGAUUACCCCGCCACCAGUGAAUUCGAAGCAAUGGAACAUAUUCAUACCUGACAGUCCACGUGUGUUCGAGACUACGAGGUCGUACGCGGCAGCUGUCAAGGAAGUAGGUGAGAAAGAGAAUGUGCCCGUUGCGGACAUUUGGACGCAGAUGUUCGAUGGUGCCGGUCGGACCGAGGAGGGAUGCAGCAUAUACUUGAGUGAUGGGCUACAUCUGAACAGUGCUGGCCAGAACAUCGUCUUCAAGGCCAUCAUGGACAUUGUGGAGCACGUAUAUCCCGAAUUAGACCCUACGAAUGAAGCACAUGCGAGGAUGCAAACUGUGUUUGUACCCUGGGACCAAGUGGACGUACAGAAUCCAAGGCCGUCUCUGGUGAAACGGAAAGCGCAACUUGAGUCCUGAAUUGACUGAGGGCGUGAACAUAUUCGUUAACUUCUCUUAGAACUGUAGCAUAUAUAUUAGAUCGUGUUCAUGCAUGUAUAGUCUGAUGAGAGGGAAGAUUGGGAGCUGUGGGUGUGACCCGACAAAGAGUCAAGGGAUGCGGCUGACUUUCAUUAUUCAAAACGCCGACUACAAGAUUAGCUAGCGGAAUGCCGCUUCGAAUAUAUGGAUGAUAGAUCGGAUUAGCGGCUGCUCCUACAU